AUGUCUUAUCACAAGCAACUUAGAAAAUGUGCAUCAUGUGCAUAUCCGGAGCCUAAAUGGAGAAAUCCUGGGUCUAUAAAAGCCAGAAGAAGAAAUGCACUUGGAACAGGAAGAAUGAGAUAUUUGAAAAAAGUUAUUUAUGAGCAUAAACAUGGAAAAAAAGUUAACCCUAUUUUAGCUAAUUUUUGGAAGACUAUUAGACAGAAUUAA